AUGACGCCUAUAAAGAAGCCACAGAGUUCGUACCUGCUCUUUUGUAAUGAGAAACGCAAGCAGGUAAUGGACAAGAACCCGGGCAUUCGUAUUGGUGAGAUUCAAAAAAUUAUCAGCGUCCAGUGGAAGGAACUUCAACCCGAAGAGAAGGAAAUUUACGUCCAAUUGGCAGCCAAGGACAAAGCACGUUACCAGCAGGAGCUACUGGACAAUCCAUUAAUUAAUGACGAACCUACAGCCGAGGAAAGAAUGACACGUGACUCUAAUGUCUGUAUUUAUCCACUGGGAAGAGUGAGAAAAAUUGUACAAAGUGAUCCGGACGUGGGCAAAAUUUCAAAGGACGCAUUGAUUGCAAUCGCAAAAGCGUCGGAAUUGUUUGCUCAGUUUCUAGGCACAAAGAGCUACGAACAAGCGUUGUACCGCAACAAGCGGCAGAUCAAGACAUCGGACGUGACGCGAACAAUUCAGACAACGGCUUCGCUCGAUUGGUUACGUGAAGAUUUUCCAGACGUGAAGCCCAUUCAAGCAGUUGUUACUGUUGAAAAAAAGGCGAAGAAGGACAAGAAAGAAUUGCCUGACACUGCAUCUUUCUUUAAACCAAGGACGACAGGAGAGACAGAUUCCGCGGAGUAG